AUGAACCGCAACGCGAGCCCGUCGACGCGUAGCCGGCCCCCGCGCGGCCCCGGCGCGCAGGCCCGCGGGAGCAGCGCGGCCACGACGGACGGUGCGGGGUCGACCGCGAAGGGCAGCGUCGGCAACGGUGCGGGCGGCGCGCCGUCGGCGUCGGCGGGGAGCCCCGCUGGGGCCUCGCCUGCGCCGCCGUCGGACGCGAAGGUGUGCGCGAACUGCCACACGACGAGCACGCCGCUGUGGCGCAAGGACAAGCAGACGGGCACGCUGAUGUGCAACGCGUGCGGCAUCUACUUCAAGAACCACGGCCGCCACAGGCCCGUGGAGCUCGCGCAGGGGCAGCAGCAGCGCCGCGAGGACCACCACGGUGCCGGCGAUGAAGACGGCGCGGACGCGGACGACAACGGCGCCACGUCGCCGCAGCAGCCGCUGAAGUCGCGCCUGCGCGCCAAGCGGAGCGCUGGCAUCAACCACCUGGCGUACCCUGGGGAGCUCUCCGACGACGGCGAGGACAAGCCCGCGGCGCAGCCGGGCGUCGGCGCGGGCGCCCCGCGCGGUCGCCAGCCGCGCCGCAACUCGCUCGGCGCCACGCAGCUGCCGCGCCGCCGUCGCCGGCGGGGCAGCGGCCGUCGCCGCAGGUCACGGCCGCGAACGCGCCGAUCCUCGCGAGCGACGCGCCCGCGCCGCAGCCGCCGCGCCAGCGGCCCCUCGCCCACACGGACGCCCACCGCGACGAGCUGA